AUGGAGAUUGCUAAGAAGAAACUCUCGGAGAAUGAUUACGAUGGUGCAAAGAACUUCAUUAACAAGGCUCAGCUGUUAGGAGGAGAGGCUGAUUGGUACAAGAUUCUUGGCGUCGAUCCUUUAGCGGAUGAAGAAGCAGUGAAGAAAACUUACAAGCAGUUAGCUCUUUUGCUUCAUCCGGACAAGAACAAGUUUGAUGGUGCGGAAGGCGCCUUUAAGCUGGUUUUAGAAGCUUGGUGUUUGUUAUCUGAUAAGUACAAGAAGUUAGCACUUUUGCUUCAUCCGGACAAGAACAAGCUUAAUGGCUCAGAAGGUGCCUUUACGCUGGUUACAGAAGUUGGUGUAUGUAUGUUAUCUGAUAAGUUUACCGAGAUGCAGAAACAACCAUACCCGCAUAAGCCUGCUUCGAGUGGGAUGCAAAAACCACCAAAUCCGUGUUGUGGAUCGGAUUUAAGUCUAAAUCGUUUAAAACAAAUGGAUUUGCAGUUUGUAACUCGUAAUGUUAAGAUUGAAUGUAUUGAAGCGAAUGAGGAAGGUGAUGGAGAAACUCAAGGAACGGUUCAGGGUGACUGGGAAAAAGCUGAUGCUUGGGAAGAGUUUGUACCGGUAGGUACAGGGGAAGAUGGCAGAGGAAGGAGUAGUUGUAUCCAUUGGGGUAAGGUUUUGGUGACACCUCGUAUAUCAUCAAAUCUGUGGCGCCAUUUACGAUGUUGUCCAAGGAAGCCUCAAACUAAAACUGGAGGCAAUGAGGAACAAGGUAGACUGAUUCAUGAUCAAAAUUAUAAUGUGGUCAGUUCCGAAUCUAACAGUGACAGAGAAGGAUUGCGCAACAACACUCACUUGAAAAAGAGGCAACGUAGUAGUUCAGCGAUGCUGCUUGGUCUGGAUGUUCUGGACUGUCCCAUUUGCUUCGAGGCAUUGACUAUUCCAAUCUUUCAGUGUGAGAAUGGGCAUUUGGCUUGCACCUCUUGCUGUCCCAAACUGAGUAAUAAGUGCCCUUCAUGUGCUUCGCCUGUUGGCCACAAUCGCUGCAGAGCAAUGGAGAGUGUUCUCGAAUCAGUCUUUGUCCCUUGCCGUAACGCCAAGUUUGGAUGCACCAAGAUCGUAUCUUAUGCGAAAGAAUCAAUCCAUGAAAAGGAAUGCACUUUUACUCAAUGCUCCUGCCCUGCAUUGGAAUGCAGUUACACUGGAUCAUAUGAUAACAUCUACACUCACUUUGUUGAUAACCACUGUCACGAAUCCAAAUCUGUGUCCUUUGUUUGCGGUAGUGCAGUUGAUGUUCAGAUGAACAUAGCUAGCGAGAAGAGUUUAGUACUUUGGGAAUCUAAGAAGAGACUAUUGUUUGCACUGCAAUGUUUCAAUGAGCCGGAUGGUUUGUAUGUGACUGUUAGAUGGAUUGCACCAUCUGCUCCCGAACUAGGUAAGCUUGCAUACUGUCUCUACUACUCUAUGGAUGGACACACUCUUACUUAUAAAUCACCAGAAGUGAAGAGAGUUCUUGAAGUGAGCUCUGAAACCCCUCAAGACAAUUUCAUGUUUGUCCCUCACUCUCUAUUGCGUGGUGAAUCGUUGGAGAUGAAGAUUACCAUCGGACUGAAGGUUUCUGCGAGCUCAUAA